UAUACAAUAGGUACCCAACAUAUCGGGAAAGUGUCGGAUAUGGCAGUAUAUGAUUCCGCAAGCUAUAUGGAUCCGAGACUGGACCAGCUUGUGGUCUAUACUGCCGUGCUAGAGCAUCUGCUUAAACAGAAAAUACACUAUGAGGAAGAGCGUGACAUGGAACUGUUACGUUUAGAACGCUUUAAGUGCGAGGGUGCCAACGAAUAUCGUCUGCAUGUGCAGGAGCAGGUGGUCAAGAAAGUGCAAGCCAUGCUUCCCAGCAUUGUAUUCAAGGUGCGUAACGAGUACGAUAAGUUAGACCGGUUUCUGCACGCCCAGGAAGCUUUGAAGCUGCUCAAUGCCAAGCUUUUUGAGAAGGGACUGGAGCUGCUUCGCGCCUGCGAGGAUGAUCUUAAGCGAACUUUAUGAACGGAGUACUCUUUUGUUUAAGCAUGAAGUCAAUGGUUUCUUCCAUGUGUCUAAGUAAAAUUAAAAUGUGCUUGAUAGUCGUAUCAUUAAAUACAUCACCAUAACUAUCACCAA